AUGUCAGUGGCCCGAGACAGGAGAGGAGAGACCAGACUGGUGUUUUCCAUCGAGAGGAUUUUGGGUUUGGAUCCAGAAAAGCCCGACAACACUGUGAAGCUCUACCAGCCAUGGAGACACGUGGAAGACGCCACGCGUGUUCAACAGUUGGUGAUUGUGAUUCAGACUUCAGCUCAGCAGCAGCAGCAGCAGGCGUCGGUGGACUCCUGGAGACCGACGGCCAACUGGUACAUUGGACGAAGACCUCGUACUGCCUUCUCCAACACCCAGGUGGAGGUGUUGGAGACGGUGUUUCGGGUGAACUCUUAUCCAGGUAUCCAGCUGAGGGAGGAGCUGGCUUGCAGAUUACAGCUGGAUGAGGACAGGAUCCAGAUCUGGUUCCAGAACCGGCGGGCCAAGCUGAAGCGCUUCCACAGGGAGAACAGGCUACGGAUGGUCCAGAAAGCCAUCGCCGGCCUCCGGGUCAACCGUAAGGUCAUAGGUCAACGCGGAGCCGAGCAGGAAGUUCUGACAGAGCUCGCGGCCGACGGAGAGGUGGCGCCGGGCGCCAGAACCGAAAGGGGAGCGAACACCGCCGAGACGAGACGUGAUCAGAAGACUGGCUGCGCGAGACUCCGACGCGCUUCGAACGGACGAAUAGAAACGCCAAACAAAACAACAGCGACGCAACAACACUGUGAAAUACACAACGCCGAAAGCCCGAGGGUCAGGUAA